AUGUUAACAAUUUGAUCAUGCAUUCUUGCCGUGACAUCAAUGCCGAGCAUGUUGCGCCAAAUUCCCCACUACCGUGCAACAUGGGUGUGCCUCCCAAUGUUGAACCAUGUAGAGCUUCCGAUGGAGACAAUAUUUCAUGCAGCCCGACUCCAGCGUGGUGCGAUAUGCAAUCGCAGUCAGUCAUGGGCAAUGAGAUUGUUACACAGGAUUGUAUGGUCUCACAACAGUUAAGGAAUGAGGAGAUAAGGCAGGUAGAGAAGCAGAAUUUUUUUCCAGAGAAAGUUGAUGCUCAUGAGAGGAAGGAGCGGUUGAGGCUCCCCAAAGGUGUAGUUGAUUCCUCAAAUGUCACCAGCAAUUCUCAUGUUCUAGAUGCAUGUGCUGGAGUCUGUGUGCAAGUUGGCACAUCACUGGAUGUCUCUGCUAGUCUUAAUGUAACUGCAAACGUGGGUUCGGUGAGUGAAGGCGGCCCUGUAGUAUAUUCUAGCCAAGGGAAGCACAGGGUAGUUGUUGCAAAGAUUAAGCAUGGACUUCGUGGCACCCAUCCCGCCAGUGGCAUAGCCAGUAAGAUUGUUGAUCCAUCUUUGCAUCGGAGUCCACGCAUUGCCAGUGGUCCAGUGGUUGAUCGUUUCUAUCCUAGUGUUAAGCUUGAUGGAAAGCAUGUUUCUUUCAAGGGUUCAGAGGCUGGAGGUGGUUGUCGAGGUCCUUCUGUUGAUGGCAUUGGGCUCGACGGGAAUAAUGUUGUUUCUAGGAAGCGUCGGCCCAAGGUUGCUGGGAGUGGACCAAAGAAGAAGCCGGCAAAGUCCGCGGCGUCAAAUGCUGGUGCUUGCGAUAGGAUUAAUGUAACUGUUCGCUGUUCUUUGGGAGAGGUUUCUGAGGCAGUUGCUCUGCUUGAGACACGACAUAAAGAUAUUGUUCGUAAGGCUGGUUUUGGCAGUGUAUUUAACUGGGUUAUGAAGGGCAAUGUGUCGUGCCUUCUGAUGUGUCACUUGAUGAAGAAUAUUGACAUGGCCACGAUGCGCAUUGACUGUGGCCCUAAUAAAGUUCUUGUAGUCAGCAGAGAAACCGUGCAUCAGUGUUUUGGGUUCCCGAUGGGUGAUGACACAGCUCCCAGGCCAGUUGAUAGUGGCCAUGACGAGUCAAUGGCUAGACUUAAGGCGGAGUUGGGUUCCAGCAAAGCUUUUGUGGUUGACACGAAAGACAUGAGGACGGCGUUGAAGUAGCUUGCAGUCGAUGAGUCAAAGGAUGCACUUGUUGUAAAUGUUUUCUUUGCAAUCCUUUUCUCAAAGAUAAUAUCCCAGGUCCUGAUGUCCGUGUAGGCAGGGAGGCGGCAAUUCUAGAUGGUAUUGUUUUUGAAGAUACGGCAACGAUGUAUUUUUUCCAGUUAGUAGUGGAUGAGAUAAAGCGUGUAGCUAUCGGAUAGCAAGAUCCAAAUAUCAUUCAAGAAGGUCCAGAAGGUUGUGGAGUAGUGCUAGUCCUUAUGUAUCUUGAUUGUUGCCUACUGAAGGGCGUGUCUGCGAUGCAUGUGCAGAAUCCGUGUGCAAAUUUCCUGACAGACAAGGUGCUGAAUUCAAUUUUCUUGAAGGACAUUAUAAAGAAGGGUGGGAAAUUUUUGGAUGGCUAUGUUUUUGGAAAACUUGGGUGGAAAUCCCGUAACCGGAUUGCAUAUUUCCAGCAAGUUUCCCUGGGCAAAGUCGUGAUCACAGCUUUCCUGAUGCUCAUGUCCAUACCUGCGCUCGAAAACAACAUGCACAAGAUGAGGCUGGCUGUAGUCAGAAUGAAGAUAUAGCCUUUAAAGUACAAAAAUCUAGUAACGCUAUGGAAGAUGAUGGUGUAUUUGAGAAGAUUGAUGACUUAUUACGGAAGGUGAAUGAGUUGGCUGCUGAAGUUCCCACGACGUUUGAUCGUCUGAGCUGCAUUGCUGGCAUUUUCCCUGAAGGCCAUGGACCAAGAGAAGAAUCAAUGAAGGAGGCUACGAGCGUGAUGUUGCUAUCAUUGGUAGUCUAUGGAGCGCGACAUCACACAUUCGCACCGCUUUUAACCAUUUGAAGAAGAAACAAGAUGCGAUAUGCAAAGGCUUUGAAAUAGAUGCUCGUAUUAUUAUGAGUCAUAUUAGCAAGCAGAAGAAUGACACGUCUGCCCCCAUACGUGACGAUGAUUAUACUGGUCAACGGGGUGAGGAGAUUAGCAAGCAGAAGAAUGAUGCGUCUGCCCCCGUACGUGACGAUGAUUAUACUGGUCAACUGGGUGAGGAGGUUUUUGUUGAUGCGUCAGAUGAUGAUGAAGAUGAGAACCAAGAGCCCCCUGCUGAAUCUCCUCCGCAUGAUUUUAGUGAUGACUAUGUCAUUGAUGAUGACUGUUUCAAUGGUGAUUCUAAUGGGGGUUGCAAUGGUGUUGAUGACAAUGUUGAUUAUACGGAGGGAGUUUUUGCACCAGACCAGCCAGUAACCCAAGGUGAUUGCGACAAAUCUAAUGAGCCAGAACUUGGGCAGCAAUCCCAUGCUGGUAGUGUUGACGUUUCUGAAGGGAAGCAAGUUGGGUUUGAUUGUCAAGGUGGCUCAUUAGUUACGAUUGAAGGUUUGCUUGAUGCUAGACAGGCGCCUGAAGGUGCUUGUGCGGGUGUGGUUGUAAUGGAUGGCCUUAGUGAUGGUGUGAAUCAUGCAGCAAGUUGUGAAGGAAAACAAGAGAUGAAGGAUACACCUAUGCCUGAAAGCAUUGGAGCCGGAGGAGAUGUAUUUUCUAUUCCGGUGUGCGAAGUCCCUGUUGUUGACGGAGCACGUGCAUCGAACAAGGACGCGAAGCCAGCUGUUGUUUCUGAAUUCCCGAAGGAUGCUGUAGUUGUGGACUCCCACCAGGGUGGUGAUGCUCAUGCUAGUGUAGCAGGCCCCAAGGACGCAGGUGGUUUAAAUGUGUCUCAUGUGAUAGAUAAAUCAAAUGUUGAUAGUGGUGCAUCUGCUCCUGCAACACUUUCUGGGAUUCCUGUACAAGUACCUGAGGGGUUUGCUACGAAGUUGAAAGAUAUAAUUUCAAAAGCUGCGUUCCGUGGUAAUUACAGUACUGAGCCCGAGCCUAAAGUUGAACCCAACGUUGAUGAAGUUGGUGCCGAUGGCGCUUCCGAGGAGACAGAUAGUGAUGAAUUGGGAUUGUCAGUAAAUGAGAUAGAUUCAUCUCAAACAGUCUCCAGUUUUACGCAAACCCCGGCUACACCGGAAGCGGUGCAACGCAUGAAGGACUUAUACUUUGCUGUUAUGAGGUUAAGGACAAACAAGAAUAAAAAGGAUGAGGUACUGUUUGAGAAUGCGUUUUGCAAAGCAACUGUUAAGCAGGUUGCUGAGUCUUUCAGAGUUGGUGGCAUGCUGAACACUGCGAAGGGGUCCUUUGAUAAUAGGCACUGGAUCAGGUUUUCCUCUGCCUAUGCCGAUGAGCCGCUGGGUAAGAAAGACAUUGUACUAUUUGGUGUCUUUGACCCUCCAGCUACCAAGGAAGGUGCGGGGCACUAUUGUGGUGUUGCGUUAAACAUUAAGCAUCAUCGUUUUGAGCUGCUUGACUCUUGGCACCUCCCUGGUAGUGAGAGUGGCAUAAGGGUCAUAAACAGGAUGGCGAAGAACAUCAAGCAGCUUUGGAGGAAUGGCUCGUCUGAUCGCAAGAAGAAGUUGGAUUCGUGA